AGCCACAUACCCUUUAAUUAGAUGACAGAAGAGAGGAAAACAAUGGGCACAGGGAAGAUAGAGAUGAAGAGGAUUGAAAAUUUAAAUAGCAGACAAGUCACCUUCUCUAAGCGACGCAAUGGGUUGCUCAAGAAGGCUAAGGAAUUGUCUGUUCUCUGCGAUGCCGAAGUUGCUGUCAUAGUCUUCUCUAGUACUGGGAAGCUAUACGAAUUCUCUAGCACUAGCAUGGAGAACACUCUCACAAGAUACUGCAAAGGCGUGGAUUUAAAAUGGCUUGAACUUUCUCCUGAUGAACAUGAAAUAGAGGUAUCAGAAAGUGCAAAAAUGAAUGCACUGAAAGAUGAAGUCUCACAACUACGGUUGACAUGCUCGCAGAUGAUGGGUCAACAACGUUUGAUGCAAUUUAAUCGCCUGAGCUUCAAAGAACUGCACCACCUAGAACGUCAAUUGAGUGAAGGGUUACACUCUGUUGAGGAUAAGAAGGUGCAGAUGAUCAUUGAAGAGAAUGAAAAGCUGCGGAAACAGUGGAGGAGCUUCAACGAAGUUCAUCAUUGUCAAAAUCAACAUUGCUGGAGUUUAAUCCAUUCGAAAGGAGAUUCUCUGUUGCAAGAACUGCUAGCAAUGAUGGAGGAGAGAAGGAAGAAGAAAGUGAUAAUGAUAUUUCAGCUGUCUUGUGAUGGUAAUAAGAAGAGGAAAGCAAGUAAGAGUGAGUCCAUGUGUAACAAUUCAGAGAGUCAAGUGGGCUCAGAGCGAUUCACUAUGAGAAGAAAUCAUUUUUAUGCAAUUGUUGCAUGUAGAAAGAAUAGAACAAUACCACCCAAAGUAGUUGGUAGUAGAGGCUAUGGUGUUAACCAUGGCCGUGGUGCUUAUAGAAUUAGAUUACUUAGUGUUGGCCAACCUCAUAGGAAUCCUGCAGUUCCACCUCCAACUCCAAAAGAGGUGGCAGAUCAUGAGUUACAUAAGUGUGGAGAUGAGCAUGGUAAUGCCGCUUCUCAUGGGGUUGUAUCGAUAGUUACAGCAGAUAUUAGAGCUAAGCCUACAGAUCCAUGGGAGGUAGUGGACCGUGAUAGACGUUUGGAGGCUUAUGAAUUUGAAGGUUCUUCUAUUGCUGAUAUUGCAUAUAAAUGGUUGAUGUGA